UUUUGACGUUAGCCACCAAACCCCCCGUUGGUAACAAAACCUAAUUUAGUUUCCCUGAGACAGAGACGUGGCGGCAAACUCGAUUCUGGGAAGCACAAUUCAACAUCCCAUACCCUAGGCAACGGUUCAAGGUAUACUUGUGAGGGCCAAAGGGGAGGAAGAUGAAGACAAUCUCUGGACAUUGUGUUUCGGUGAAAGACAUAUCAGUUUCGAAAGCGGCUAAAAUUCUCUCAAAGUUUGUCUCUGCUGACAAUGGUGCUUCACAUGUCUUCAAUGCAUAUCUCCACCGGGCCUCUGCAUCUUUCAACGAGCUCAACCAGCUCCACAAGGAGCUUGGGUCAUCGCACUCUCAUAAGAAGCACAAAAGGCACAAAACAGAGACUGGUAAUGACAGUGGGAAGGUAGUGGAAAAUUCUGUUCGGAGUGUUGAUAUUAACGAGGAGCUCAAGCUUGGGCAUGUGAAAUCUAAUGGGUUCAAAAGGCAACAAACUGGCAGUGGGAGUGCUGGUCAAGAUGAUGAAAAAUUUAUUCGAGAAGUUGAUGGUUCUAUUGGGUAUCAAACAGAAAAUGUGGGUGGGAGUCAGAUGCACAAGAAGAAGAAAAAGAAGAAGCAGGAAGUUGAGUCCUUGCAUGACAGAGAUAGCACUGUUAAAUUUGGAGAGAGGGAAUCUGAUGGAAAGCUACCUAAUGGGGCACAAAAUGAAAUUGACUCAUCCAGAGAACAGGGCAAUGAAGGUGACAUCAACGCAGGGAUGGAAGAGGGAAGGAAACAGAAAAAUGCAAAGAAGAAGCACAAGGUAAGUACCAGUAGUGUUUCCAGUUAUAAGGAUGAGGCUGUGAAUGGAAAAGGUCUAGGACAACAAAAAGAGAUGGAAAAAACGUUAUGCAAAGGUGUGGAGGGUGGAAACGGAGGGCUUGGUGGUUCCCUGGAUUUACAAAUCAGGAAGAAAAAGAAAUAUGAGAAAGGAAGCAAUAAUAAAUUACAUGCUGAAGAGGUAAAGUUGGAGCAGAGCAAGGAUAGGAAAAGUGAUGAUGCAGAAGAUCGAACUGGGGAUUUUUCUUAGAAGAAAAGGAAAAAGAAACACAACGAUGAUAUUUAAAUUUAGGUGUUUUAUAAACUCACUUGAUUGUUGUUUAAUCCUUUUUCAAAUUGUUGAGGAAUUUGCACUUGUAUGAUUGUUUACAUUGUGACAUCAGUUUUUUAUGUAUCAAACAUCCAUGUAGUCUUACAAAUGUUGCUGCAUUCAAAAUAUUGAUUGCAAUCAUCAGCUGUUGGUGAUACUAAAUUAAUUAUGUAGACUGUGUAGAGCAAUCACCACUCACCCGGGAUUAUUGGCUAUUGGAGUUUACAUAUUUUUAAGGCAACUACAUUUGAUUUAUUGAAAAAAAAAAUAGUUACCGUGUCAUCUGAAACCCAGCAGGUUCUUUGACAUUAGUAGACUAGAUCUGGAGCAAUUUGCUGCCACUGCCACAGAAUUUUGGCUAGGUACAAUGGAAAAGCCAUUCAGAGA